UGCUCUCACACUGUCUGGAAAGUUCUCUGCCCUUCUAUAAACGCUUGUCAGAACCCGUGCUGCCAGACAACGUUAACGGAAAGCAUCUCCACUCAACUCCAGUCAGCUAGUUUGACACGAGUGUGGUUAGUCGUUGCAGGUUUGGCUGCUUUCAGUUUCACGCCGGAACGCGUGUCGUUUUAUUAAGCUAGGAAUUAGCAAGAAAAGCGAAGAGUUUCGGAGCGACGCCUGCUAGCUUGACAUUGUUGACAGUUGGCUCCUUGUUUGCGCCCUCGGCGUGCUUUGAGAAGUAACUAGCCGUAGCCAAACGUUGCUACUAACUACUAGUGUCAGUGGUCUCGGGGUUUUUUCUCUGCAAGUCCUAGCUCAAAGCUUUCGUCUGAAAAUGACCGCGGAGGAGCAGGCAAACGAAGGACAGCACACCAUCCCGCUGGAAGGGGAGGACAUCACGCCAAAGAAAGAUGGGGGUGUUUUAAAGGUUAUUAAGAGGGAAGGCACAGGAACUGAACUCCCCAUGACUGGUGACAAAGUGUUUGUCCAUUAUGUGGGGACGCUUUUGGAUGGGACACACUUUGACUCCAGCAGAGACCGAGGAGAAAAGUUUUCCUUUGAGUUGGGCAAAGGUCAAGUAAUAAAAGCAUGGGACAUUGGUGUGGCCACAAUGAAAGUGGGAGAGCUCUGCCAACUCAUCUGCAAGCCAGAGUAUGCGUAUGGAUCUGCAGGCAGCCCGCCCAAGAUACCCCCAAAUUCCACUCUCGUUUUUGAGGUUGAACUGUUUGAAUUUCGAGGAGAAGACAUAACGGAUGAUGAAGACGGAGGAAUCAUUAGACGUAUUAUCACAAAAGGAGAGGGAUAUUCUAAGCCAAAUGAAGGGGCUACUGUUGAAGUCACUGUGCAGGGCACUCACGAUGAACGCAUUUUUGACGAGAGAGAACUGAAAUUUGAGAUUGGAGAUGGAGAAAGUUUUAACUUGCCAGCUGGAGCGGAGAAGGCUAUCAUGGCCAUGGAGCAAGGCGAGGAAGCCUUAUUCACCAUUAAGCCUAAGUAUGGCUAUGGUAAUUCAGGGAAUGCAAAGUUUAACAUUCCUGCUGGAGCAACAUUGCAGUACAAGAUUAAGCUCACGGCCUUUGAGAAGGCAAAGGAGUCGUGGGAAAUGAACACGCCAGAAAAGUUGGAGCAGAGCAGCAUCAUCAAAGAGAAAGGAACGCAGUAUUUUAAGGAUGGAAAAUACAAGCAGGCGUCUGUGCAGUACAAAAAGAUAGUUUCAUGGCUAGAACAUGAGUCUGGUUUGUCAGAGGAAGAUGAAAAGAAGGCAAAGACGCUGAGGCUGGCUGCACACUUGAACCUGGCCAUGUGCUACCUUAAGCUUCACGAACCGAGCCAAGCUCUGGAAAACUGUGACAAAGCUUUGGAGAUGGACUCCUCCAAUGAGAAAGCUCUGUUUCGAAGGGGGGAGGCCCUCUUUGCUAUGAAUGAGUUUGACAAGGCAAGAGAUGACUUCCAGCGAGUAGUGCAGCUCUAUCCUGCCAACAAGGCUGCUAAGAGUCAGGUCAUGCUCUGCCAGAAACGUCUGAAGGAGCAGCAUGAAAAAGACAAACGCAUUUAUGCCAACAUGUUCCAGAAAUUUGCAGAAAGAGACUCUAAGAAAGAAGCAGGAAAGGUGAAGAGUGAUGACAAGGAGAAUGGAACUGAGGAAAUGGAGGUGGAGGAUGGAGAGAAGGAAGCUGCAAGUGAAGCAAAAGCGUAAAUGAAGAUCCAUGUCUGUGGUUCAACUGUUAUUUAGACUUUUGGAACUGGGCAUUCAGGCCAUCAAUGUUUAAAGUGUGAACGUGAGAAUGAGUGAUAGCGAGCACUGACCUAGAGCGCGUCUUUCUUCAUGUCCGAGCUUUCUGGCAUGGCAGCUAGCUGAGUGAGUGAGAGAGAGAGAGGGGCGUGCUCAGCUGAUGGCACUAUGGGAUGUGGAUUUCACAGAUAAAUCGUCUCCACCUUGACCCCAAACCUUUCAACUCAGCUUUAAACUGUGCAUGUUAGCAUUUUGGGUAAAAAGCAAAUGUAGAAUUUCCAAACCCUCAUCUGUGAAGGGCUAUACUUUUUACAUUGUAUUACCUUCUGUCUUAAACCCUUUUUUUAAUUAUUUGAUCCUCCUUUAGCCUCAUGAUGGGCCUCUUGAUCAAUUCCUGGAGUUGUGACUGUUCACCUAUUCUUAAUUUUGAAUGUUGGUGCCUGUGUGUCCAAAGCGUGGAUCCUUUAGCAGCACUGUAGAAGAGGGAUGGUGAUGAAGCUCUCUUCUAAUCCCGGGGGUACAGGACUGUUCACAUUUUCUCUGAAAUAUUCAUACUUCUCCUUCCCCUUUCUGUUAUUGUGUUUGUGAUAUUCUCAGAGAUACAACGGAAAACGUUUUCAAGCAGCUACUGUAAUAUGUGUGAGUUUAUGCUGGAAAGUUGAGGGGAAAGUUAGUCUCAACUGAAAAUGAAAUGUAUGUAUACAGCUUAUUACAGAAGUCGAAGACAACUAUAG